AUGGUCCUCGCUGUUGAUCUCCUCAACCCUUCGGCGUCUGCCGAAGCGCGCAAGCACAAGCUGAAGAACCUCGUCCCAGCGCCGAGAUCCUUCUUCAUGGACGUCAAGUGCCCCGGCUGCUUCACGAUCACCACCGUCUUCUCCCACGCACAAACCGUUGUCAUCUGCGCCGGCUGCUCGACCGUUCUCUGCCAGCCCACUGGAGGAAAGGCCAGGCUCACCGAGGGCUGCUCUUUCCGCCGCAAGUAGACUUGACGCCUCGCUACUUCUCCGACUCGCACCAGCACACUACCGGUGAAAACCUCCCCAAAGAUGGGCAACAGCAACAGUGGGCGAUGUAAGGGUGGAACUUGGGAUUGGGAUGGAAAGCACAACGCCUAUCUGCUGUAUUCUUGGGGCCUAGGCUGGUAGCUUAUGGUUCUGGGUAGCUGGUAGCUUACGGUUAUGAAUGAAUAACUGUGCUGGUAGCUUACGGUUCUGAGUAACUGUGCUGGAGUAAUGAUAUUGCUUUGACUCAGUCGUGCUUUGAAUGUCAGUAACCCUGGCAACUGUUUGUGAAUACGGGCUUGCUUUCGGAGUCGUGCAUUGAAUGCCAGUGAACCUGGUGAAUCCUGUUUUCCUCAGAGUCGUGCACUCAAUACCAGUAAAUCUAUCAAAUCUCUGUGAUGACAGCUAUAUAUUGCAUUGAAUGUUUGCCCGUACUAUAUAGUAAAUGAUGCGGCUAAUACUGUGGCCUGCCGGCAAGCAAAUUCGUCGGUGCUCCUCACGUGCUCCCAAUCCACGCCCUUAUCAACCACAUCGUAGCCAAAUUUAAUCAUAACCCC